AUGUUUUAGUCAACGGUGCAAGCAUACAGAAUGUCCAGAGGGAUUGAAGAUAGACCAGCCCCUGCCUAAUGUCACCUUGAUAUAAUUUUGGAACAUGUGUGAUUAAAGAUGAUGUGAAAAGUGCAUGAGAUCAGUUUAGAAGUCAUUAAUUAACUUUCAUGCAAAAUGCAUAUCCCUUUCACCAUCUGGAAGUGAUGAAAGUUUGCUCGACUCUGACAGAGAACUGGAGAUGACACUUUGAGACAACAACUGGAAGACGUGAACUCGCUGACAGAGGAACUGAUUGAUAGGACUAUGACCAAAUUUUUAGAACAGGUGAAAGAUGGCAGUUGGACAACAGGUGGAUGGUCUCAAGUAAACACUGACUACUCAGUGUCAAAACUUGUUGUGAAUGCAUACACAAGGUUUAUGGCAAAGACACUUUCAGAUCGCCCAGAGGGUCAGAAGAUAUACAUCAAUUGUAAAUCAAUUAAAAUUUAG